CCAUCAAGUAGAGGAGGAUGCUGGAAUGAUAAAGCAUCAGGCAUCUAAUCUCCUUUGAGAAUUCCGCUGAACUGUUUUCUGCUGGACGUUUGAAUUAUUUGACGGCACGGACACGUGGAUAUAGAAACAAACUUGGCGAUGGUGAUACCAAGAGGAUAACUUCAACUUCAGGACAGCUACUGCCUUCAUCUGACACUUGCCUUCGUUGGACCGUGGACCCUAGUAAACCUGACCGAAUAACUUCAUAAUUCUGUUCUUCCAGCUGAUGGAAGAGAAGACACCCAUCAAGCUUGCCAUGGUGUCCAGACUGCCUAAGUUCGGUGUCCGCCCCACCACGGGGGUCACCAGCCCCCUGCCCAAUGGAACCACCCCUUCACCCCAAGACAGCAAGACCACCCCCCCAGCAAGACCCAAUGGGGUGGUCCGUGCCUCCUCCUUCUCUCUAAAAUGGAGGAAAGACGGUGGCAGUACUCCAGCCACCCCCACUAGCCUUGAAGAUGAUGCAUGCCCAAAGGAGGGAGGGGACAAGCCCAAGACUCAGCACUCCACAUGGGGGAGGGAGAUCAAGAAACCGUCCCCAUCCACCCCUAAGAGGGUCAGGAGUUCUGGUUCGUCUGAGUCAUCUACUUCAAGCCCCAGGGCCAUCCCCCGCCAAGUCGCAAAGACCAGCCCCAAGGCAGGGCCCAGACAGGGGCAGAGCGCCUCCUUCAGUGGAGGCCCCAAACUAGGCCAAAAUGGAGCUACUGAUGGCUCAGGACAGUCAGGUUCAGGGCUGGUAAGGCCACGGGCCAGCUCCAGCUCCCCGCGCAGCAGCUCUAGAGAUAGCCUGUCCCAGUCCAGCGACAGCCUCAAGUCCCUCACACUGGACAACAUGGUGCGCUCGCAGAGUUUCACCCACUUCAAGCAGAUCCCGUCCCCGACCAACUUGCCCAUGGCACGCUCCUUCUCCUUUAACCGGGCAGUGGAGCUGGCCAAGCCUCUGGCCAACACCCAGCUACAACCACCCAGGGUCAACCACAUCAGACCCCACCAGCUGUCGAAUGGGAGGCAGGGCCUGGGGAUGGGCCUCGGCCUGGGGACAGGGCUGGGGGGGCUUCAGUAUCCUAGGAGCCUCUCUUCAGCCGCCUCCCCCUCCACAACCCCUAGUGCCCUGAAAAAACCUCUUCUCCCCAACUGUGUUCUGAACAAGCCUUCUGCUCUGGGCUAUAGACUGACACGGCCUGGCCAGGUCAAGCAGCAGAAACCCCUGUUUACAGGGAGGGUGAAGGGGGAGGUCAGGGCUGGAGGAGUGGGGGACGGGGAUAGGGCAGAGUCACCCCCCCUCACCCUCACUCCAGACCCCCUUAGUGACAGCGACAGGACCUCAGGGGGGCAGCUCAGGGGGACAGGGGAGGGGCUAGAGGACAUGUCUCUCUCCUCAGCCUCAUCGCUCUCUCGAGGAGACACCAGCGAGGAGUUCUUGGAUGACUUUAAUAACCUGGCUGAUGGGGAUGUCCCAGACAACAGGACGAGAGGUAGUACUGCCACUCAGACCCGCCUGCGGAGCUUCCUGAAUGAGACCAUGGACUGGAAUGAGAUGGGCCUCUCAGGGCGGAAGGAGGAAGUUGGGGUGAGGACAGCCCUUGACAUCCUGCCCCCAGAGAGGGGAGACUUCCUUCAGGGCUCGUCUCUGGAGCUGUCCCCCUCCAACAGCUCGGGGGGCACCUACAUGUGGGACGAGGAGGAUCUGGAGCCCCUGGGACCCAGAACACACCCAUGUGAGAGCUAUGACGACUCAGACCGCCUCAACAGCAUGGACAUUCUGAACAACCUGGACCCCCUGGAGCCAGCUGACCUGGAGGAUGACGACCUCAUGCUGGACGUGGACCUCCCUGAGGACGGCUCUCUACGAACACAGACAGUAGUGGCUCCAGACGCUGAUGAGAUGACCCAUUCUGACCACUCAGAGAGGGGGGGACGAAAGGGUCACUGGAGGAGGAGGCAGCCUCGCUGGAAUGGACUAGACCACUUCCAUAAUGACAACAGGGGUCCAGUGUUCCAGCAGUAUGAGGGUUACACUUGUCAUGGAGGGUUCAUGGUUGGCCCCCGUCCUCUUCCUCCUGUAGGGAGACACGAUGGCUACUCGGGGGCGCUGGACGAGCUCACACUCAAACACAUGGCCCAGGACUGCAGCUCUGUGAAAAACAAGCUGCUCAAACUCAAGAGUUUAUUACAGAUGGAGGAUGGAGGCCCAGAGCUUGUGAAAGAGGGCGAGGAGGUUGAGGAGGAUAACAGCACAACUAUACAGUUGGAGGAGCUAAUGAAGGAGGUGCGGGAGCUCAGGGAGGAGCUGAGGGAUAAGGACAGGACAAUCACGCAGCUCACACGACAGCAACAGGCGUCUGCUCACGCUGACCAGCCUGGGAGCUGUCACUGUCACCAGAGGGCACCGUCGCUGGAAGAGGACAGACAGACGCACCAAGACAAGGCCACACAGACCCCCUGGAGAGGACAAGGAAACAGCCAUGCCCAGGAGGGAGAGAGGGAGAGAGGUAGAGAGAGAGAGAGAGAGACCCCAGAGAUUCCACACUCACCGCCCUGCCCCCAGCUACCACCAGAAUCCUGCUGCUUUGUAAAUCAACUUCAUAUUAUCAGACAGCUUCAAAUACUACAGCCUUCCAGCCCCAGCCACCACGAGCACCUCACCCAGGAAAGACUAGUAAAAACAGCCCUCACCGAGGGCCACAGUGACCCCCAGAGAAGGAGGAGCAGGGGAGAUGGGUCCCCUUGCACAGACUCUGACCGCCCUGCUAGAAGCCCGGCCAGGGGUGUCGACAAUCCCCCAGUGUCCAACCCAGACGAGUUGAGUGUGCUACUCAGCACCCAGCUCAACAUCAAUGACAGAGAAGGGCCUGGGACCACCCCCAGCCCUACCCAGGGGCUCCCUGCAGCCAGCAGCCCAGCAACAGGAGCGCUGUCCAGGCCAGACGGUGGGCAGCGAGCCUCUCCAGAGGGCCCUGGCUGCCCUCGCUUCCUGCAGCGGCCUCGCCUCCACAAGCGUGUGUCUGUCCCAGCUCUGCCUCAGAGGUACACUAAUGGCUCUCUUCUCCGAUCAAGCUCUGUAGGACUGCUGGCCAACCACAGGACCAAGCAGCUGCCGCCUCCCUCCAGGGGUCUACCCUGCUUCAAUUCUGGUCCCCAGGCAGUGGGCCCCUCCCUGGGACACGGUGUGCUUGCUCAGCCCCACACACUGGGGGUCAGGAGGGACCUCGAGAGCACCAGCCCUCCUAGUCUGGAAAUGCUAGACCUGGGACUUCUCAGAGCUAGAGUCCUGGUUCCCCCCAUCCUGUCACGUCUCCCCAAGCCAAAGAUCCAUUGAAGAGUUCACAUCAUCAAACAUAUUGUAUACUAUACUGUAUAACAUCUCUCCUCUUCCACAGCCUCAUGGUUAUGACUGAGAUACGUGGAGGGACUGUUUCUAACUGACAAAUCUCCUUCAUAAAUUGUCCAGUUACUUGCUUAGCAGCCUUUCAUUGCACAUAGUCAUUAUUUUUAUAUAUAUGACAAACAUUCAUAUUUUUUAUUUGGUAAUCUCACUUGUGUGUUUUCUUUAAGAACGCCAAGACUGUACAGAAUGCUCCGGUCAACUCUACUCACACUCACAUGGGUCCUUCCUCUGGAACAGCAGAACAUGGUUUGACCAUGGUCUUCCAUGACAUCAGCAAUGUUACAUUUCUCCCAGAGGGUAAACAUAGAAUGACAGAAAAAAAGCGGGGGGGGGGGGGGGGGGGAAUAAGGAGUUGAGCUUUCUGCUCAAACAGAAUGAAGAAUCAUUCAAAGAAAGAGGCUCAAACAUAAACAGAAUUCUCCUGAAUAAACCACAGUUCAUUUUGUCGUCCUAUUCCACCUCUAUGAGUAUGUAAGGUGAUGUGUGUCUGUGUGGGUGCUCUCCCUUUCCUCUGAGAUCAACAUCAGUGUUUAUUGUAUUUUGAGUAGGGCUAAGGUCAGUUUGAGGAUUUGAGGGUUAUGUUUAUCGUUUGGAUGCAUCCAGACAUGGAGAGUGUGUUUAACAGUUUCUGACAGACUAUGGCAGCUUCCAUGAAUGUGGGCUAUGGCUGUAAGUUAAUGCCUCUGGCACUCUCUGUUUUACAGUACCCAUUAAUACCAUGCACACAUGAAACACACACACAUAACACACAUCACACACACACACUCACACACCAAAUACUCUCACCACUUUGGCGCUGUCCAUAAAUUCAAAUCACUGUACACAGUAGUGUUGUUUCAAGUAAUUUAUUACAGUUAGCUAGAUGGUCAACAGUGUCUUGUUUUUUCAUUUAGUAUAAAUCCGACUGACUGAGAGACACACACACUUCUGGAAAGUUCUCAUAGGGACAUUGAUCCAUCUGUCCCCUACAGCAAGACAAGAUGGGUGCCAGUGUGGUCCUUGGGGACUGAGCUGAGCCCAGGUGAUGACAGGACUGUGUGUGUGUGUGUGUGUGUGUGUGUGUGUGUGUGUGUGUGUGUGUGUGUGUGUGUGUGUGUGUGUGUGUGUGUGUGUGUGUGUGUGUGUGUGUGUGUGUGUGUGUGUGUGUGUGUGUGUCUCUGUGUGUGUGUCUCUGUGUGUGUGUGUCUCUGUGUGUGUGUCUGUGUGUGUGUGUCUGUGUGUGUGUCUGUUUUGUGGGAGAGAGAAUAUUUGUGUUUGCCAUGGUGAGAUGUCCCAUGCCAUCCGGACCUGUCAGUCAAUACUGCUUGGUAAUUCCAAACAGAGAAAUCAAUAGGACCUUGGUUUUUAGUGAGAAGGGAGGAUGUGUGUGAGUCUCUAGAUACACCAAUCUGGCAGUGUUUUCAUUGGGUGUGUGUGUGUGUCAGGUGUACAGUAUGUGCCCACAGGCCACAGAAAUAAAGCCAGGGAGAAAGGGUAAUGCUGUUCUCUCCAUCAGCCAAUCAAUAGCUUUCAUCAAUUAUUCUAAAGCAGGAGUAUAACUAUCUCGGGGGUCCAACAGGUCGAUCUCGCAUCCCGUACUCUGCCAUGAUGUGCACUAGGCCUAAACAGAUAAAUCGCUAGCCAAACACAUUCGUCUCUUGCUAGGUGUGCACUUGAAUUAAAGGGGAAUCACACUCAAACGUAUACAUUUGUUAUUUUUUUUCAAGACCGUACAUUUUUUAUUUUGAUGUGAUUUAUGCAUUGACAUGGACUCUGAACAUCCAAUGUUGUUGUUUUUCAAUAAGUAAUUGUAAUUGUCUGAGUGAAACAACUGAAAAAAGUAAGCAAAUAAAUGAGUAACUUGCAGCAUUUUUUGAAGUAGAUCUCAUGUUAGAAAUUGCCGGAGACCCCUGAGCUAGCUAAACCAGAACAAAGAGCCCACACUGCAACUGUAACAGUGUAACUUUAGUCCAUCCCCUAGCCCCGACCCGAGUUCGAACCAGGGACCCUCUGCACACAUCAACCACAGUCACUCACGAAGCAUCGUUAUCCAUCGCGCCACAAAAGCCACGGUCCUUGCAGAGCAAGGGGAACCACUACUUCGAGGUCUCAGAGCAAGUGACGUCACCGAUUGAAACGCUAUUAGCGCGCACCACCGCUAACUAGCUAGCCAUUUCACAUCGGUUACACAACAAAACAAGAGGAAUUAAUUAAUUAGCCAUUUCUAACACGUUCUCUUUAGUGGCAAAACUAGCAAGCCUUGUUCAUCGUAUUAGUUAAUGGAACAUAGCUGCCUGCCUAUCAUCAGUAGGAUAUUAUACUUUACUUGUUUGUAGCUGUUGUUAAAGAUGACAUAUUUGAUGCAAUUGUGCAGGUUCAGUUUAGGAUAGGGUUGUCCACUCUGCUGUUUGGUUUUACUCUGAAUACAUUUCUAACAAAAUGGGGGUUAAGUAAUAUUUGUAAAUCUACCUACACUGUUAAUGCAACAGGACUAGAGUUCCUUCCUGUUUCUCCACUACUUACACAUAAACCACUAGACGUUUACACACCAGUUAACUCAUUUGCUGAUUACUUACUUAGUUACUAAAGUGUACACCCGUUACAACCGUUGUGACCGUUGUGAGAGGUAUUUGUCUAUCUUCAAUGCUUAACAUUUCUUGUUUCUGUAUUUCAUGUCAAAUCACCUCUCCACCCAUCCUGCUGUAAUACAUUAUCCCAUUGCAUAACGUGCAAUAUUGUAAGAAACAGCUAUAUUAACCAAUAUAGAUACUGAUAUUGAAGCAACGCUAUAUGCCUAACAACUGUUGUUUACCUAUAUGCAAGUGAAUUUUUUUUUUUUGUAAGCUAAUCAGCGAUGCACUUUAAAUGACAGUUGAGACUGAAGGAAACACUAAACUGGAGAUUUGUUAAAGAUUUGACUGGAUUUGUUCGUGUUUUCCUUUCUCCGUUUGUACUGUUCUCUCUCCUGGAGGUUGUGUGAGACAGCAAUAAAGACUAUCAAACUUGCCAAGUCUGUUUUGGAGUCAUUUACCUCAGGUCAAGCAGUGAAAGAUGUCAAGUUGUUGUUGUGCAGGAUUAUUCAUGCUUUAAAGCAGGCAGCAUCAAACCCUGUUAUUCAUGCUUUAAAGCAGGCAGCAUCAAACCCUGUUAUUCAUGCUUUAAAGCAGGCAGCAUCAAACCCUGUUAUUCAUGCUUUAAAGCAGGCAGCAUCAAACCCUGUUAUUCAUGCUUUAAAGCAGGCAGCAUCAAAUCCUGUUAUUCAUGCUUUAAAGCAGGCAGCAUCAAACCCUGUUAUUCAUGCUUUAAAGCAAGCAGCAUCAAACCCUGUUAUUCAUGAUUUAAAGCAGGCAGCAUCAAACCCUGUUAUUGUGGGCCAUUGUUGUCUGUUGCUUGUUUUCAUCCAGGCCUUUUCAUCAACGGAUUCAGACCUGAUAUGCCAGAUAUAUGGAUGUCAAGUGGCAUUUAUUAAUGUAAUACUAGGAGGAAGAGAGAAUGAAUGAUUCUGCAGCCAACUUCGUCUAGGGUGACAGCAACCAUAGAGAAUUAUAGGCCAUAUUAGCAUGGGUACUGUAGCUCCAUUUUAAUGUAGUCAACUGGGUGGGACUUACAACUUCAUUGGUUGAUCCCUCCUGGUGACCCUGUUGUAGUCCAUGUCUUAACUGGGUCAUCAGGAGGGAUCAGCCAAUCGUGAAGAAAAUUGACUACAAUAAAAUGGAGACGGCCUCAAUGGCGCUGCUCAUGUAACAGAUGCUAGUGCUCCCGAGUGGUGCGGAGGUCUAAGGCACUGUGUCUCAGUGCUAGGGGUAUCACUACAUACCCUGCUUUGAUUCCAGGCAUCACAACCGGCCGUGAUUGGGAGUUCCAUAGGGCGGCGCACAGUUGUCCGGGUUAAAGUUUGGCUGGGGUAGACUGUCAUUGUAAAUAUGAAUUUGUUCUUAACUGACUUGUCUAGUUAAAUGAAGGUUAAAUAAAAAGAUAAAGAUGCUAAAAUGGCACAGAUACAAAGAUGAGUCCUCUGUCUAUAUGAUGGCAACAGAUCUAUGGUUUUCCUGAUGUGUUGUGCCCCUACUGUAUGAGUUUUGUGGAUGGAAUAAAUGGAGAUUGUGCUGAAA